AUGGCGCCUGGCUUACUCGACCUACCGCUCGAAAUUCGCCUCGACAUCUAUAGUCUAGUGUUUGGUUGUGGUAAGGCUGUGAUCGAGCCUAAGAACGACGAUGAUAGCUCGUGCUUGCUGCCUCUGAAAAGCGAGCGGCAGAACCAGGUCCCAAGGUCAUCUCAACUUUUACGAGUCAGCAGAACUAUCCUCCUCGAAGCCCGGCCCGUGCUCUAUGCCAACACGACCUUUCAUGUCUUAACUCAGGUGUUUGCAGGCAAAUUGCCCAGCGCGGUCACCAACGGCCACCCUAGUGCACCAUACAUCAAGCACCUGAUAUGGCAGCUGGACUGUGACAUGCUAAAGCAUGUCGACACGGAAGAACUUCGACUAGAUUCGACCGAAGCCGGUCAGUGGAGUAGCCUUGAAAUACGAUGUCGAGCGGAAGCGUGGCGAUAUUCAUUCCUGGGCGAAUGGGUCUCCUUGGCGGGCCAGGUAGUCUAUCAAUGGUCAGAAGUUGGGGAUCAUGGUUACCACGAUGAAACCGAAAGCGAGACAGCACCGACGUGGCUUGUGAAUCUGGAGGAUGUCGGCCAGGACCUAUUCAGCACGACCCUCAUAUGUGAUGUUGCCAAUGAUUUUGCUAUUGAGCAAGUGCAGGAAGGGCAACGACUUCCGGUGGAUAUCCAUCGCGUGGAUUGGAUAUUGUUGACAAGGGGGAUCCAAGAAGGUACAGCACCCAGCAGUAUCGAUGCUACAGUGAUGCCCUGCACCAGCGACUGGGAGCAAGGAGCAGACGCAGGCGGCUGUCAACACUUCCAAGAGCGUGUUUCAUUUGAGGAGAGGCAAAGUGUGGCGCUCGCAAGACGAAGAGGUCGAAGACGAAGUAUUCGGAAACAACACUAG